UGUUUCUGUUUCAUAUUUAUUUGUUUGUAGACUAGAAUAAUAAUAAAAAGUGCCUUCAAAAAAUAUUCAAAAAAAUAGAAAAAUUAAAUUUAAUAAAAACUUUAUGUUUUAUUAAAAUCAUUGCGAUGAAUAAAAUUAUGUAUGACAAUGGAAAAUUUAAUAAUUUUGAAAAAAUUGGCGAGGGAACAUAUGGAAUUGUUUACAAGGCGCGAGAUACAAAAACAUUUAAAGAAGUUGCACUUAAGAAAAUCCGUUUAGAAAGUGAAACCGAGGGAGUACCUUCGACAGCAAUACGGGAAAUAUCUCUUUUGAAAGAUCUUAAACAUCCAUCUAUAGUUCAAUUGUACGAUGUAGUGAUUUCUAAUGAAAGCGUUUACAUGGUUUUCGAAUAUUUAAACAUGGAUUUGAAGAAACUAUUGGACAAGAAAAAAGAGAUUUUUGUUCCAACUUUAGUUAAAAGUUAUAUGCAUCAAAUGUUCGAUGCAAUUGCAUUUUGUCACACCAAUCGAAUACUGCAUCGGGACCUGAAACCACAAAAUCUUUUGGUCGAUACCGUAGGCAACAUUAAGUUAGCAGAUUUUGGUCUUGCAAGAGCUUUUAAUGUGCCAAUGAGAGCAUACACCCACGAAGUAGUCACACUUUGGUAUAGAGCUCCGGAAAUCCUUUUAGGUACUAAAUUGUAUGCAACUGGUGUAGAUAUCUGGAGUUUAGGUUGCAUUUUUGCUGAAAUGAUUAUGAAAAGAUCUUUAUUUCCUGGCGAUAGCGAAAUUGACCAAUUGUAUAGAAUAUUUAGAACUUUUGGAACACCUGAUGAGACAACAUGGCCAGGAGUACCACAACUGCCAGACUAUAAAGCUUCGUUUCCAAAGUGGGGUAAAAACAUUCCCGAAAUCAUAUUAAAGCACGAGGCAUAUGAUCUUUUUAAAUCAAUGAUGUUAUAUGAUCCAAAUCAAAGAAUAUCUGCAAAGCAAGCAAUGUCGCAUAAAUAUUUUAAAAAUGUAGAACGAGUUCCUCAUGUAGCUUUACCAAUCGUUCAUCCACAUAAUUCAUCAUAACAUUUGUCUUUUCUUUUCUUUUUUACUACACAAAUAAUUUCGUUUUUAUAUAAAUUAAAAAAAAUUAACUUUAA